UAAUCGAAGGUCAAUUUAAUAGUGCGCUUCGACAAAACCCUAACCCAUCGUCGUCUUCUUCUUCUUGAUUCUUCAUCUCCUUUCAAGAGUCAACACUUGAAGAUCGCGCCCCUGCAAAUGGCCGAUUCUCCACCAAGAAGGAAUUCAAGGUCCCCUUCUCCGUGGAGAGCUCAAUCGAGGUCAAGAUCCAGGUCAAGGUCUAGAUCUAGGCCUAGGUCUAGAUCACGGUCAAGAUCUCUGGAAAAGCAAAGGCUAAGAUCCCGUUCGAGGAGUCGUGGCAGGUCAGUGGCAAUCAUGGUUUACCUUUCAAGGGCGUGGUUAUCAAGAUCAAGAAGUAAUGAAAGGCCUGAGGCGAAAAACACUGGGACUACACUUUAUGUGACUGGCCUAUCUUCAAGAGUCACGGAGAGAGAGCUAGAGCAGCAUUUCUCUAAGGAGGGAAAAGUUGCUUCGUGUUUUCUUGUGGUGGAGCCUCGCACGCGGAUUUCUCGUGGCUUUGCAUUUAUUACAAUGGAUUCUGUUGAGGAUGCAAACCGCUGCAUCAAAUAUCUCAAUCAAUCAGUUUUAGAGGGUCGCUAUAUCACUGUUGAGCGGUCACGAAGAAAGCGGCCAAGAACUCCUACACCUGGACAUUACCUUGGGUUGAAAAGUACUAGAGACUAUGGAUAUCGUGGUGACCGUGGAAGGUAUCGAGGUGGUUCUGGUCGUGAUGAUUAUUCAUAUCGUAGGUCUCCAAGGCGCUCACCAUAUCGAGGUGGUAGAGAUUAUUCACCGAAGCACUCACCCUAUGGUGGAAGAUCUAAGAGGGACAGGUCCAGGUCACUACCUUAUUCUCCCUAUGGCAGCCCAGAUAGGAGGUAUGCUCGUGGAUCUAGGUGAUGUCUUUUAUCACCUUGUUUCAAACUAUGAAGACGGAAAGGAAGAAAUAUCUGUUAAUGCUAUCGUGACUAUCAGUUUGUGUUUUAUAUGCGAUGUAUCCAAUGUUUUGGAAGUAGCCUGUACUUAUUUGUGUCCCUUCAGUACUUAUUUAUGCGUCUUUAGUACUUGUUAUUUCACUAGUUUGUGCAACUCAUUUAUUGGUCAAGUGGAUCUAUAAGUCCUCGUAUCAG